GACUUUAACAAAGAAAAUGUCGUAUUUAAGAAUGGUGGGUUCCUCGACCUCCUCUCCUUUCUUACAUCCUUCCUCAAUCUAAAAAAAAAAACUCUAAACUGAUGAAAUGGGUCUUUUCCUUUCAUGCCUUUCGUCUCCCUCUUCAUCCAACACAGGUCUCCACACUCAUGCCUUGACGAACAACCACAGUAAUGGAAUAAAUUUCUCCUCGUCAACGUCCACCACCGCCGCGACGACAAACACUAGCGUCGGACAGAGUCAAUUCUCGGAGGCGGUUAGCGAGAGCUCCGGGGGAGUAAUGAGUUAUUCCGGCCAAAUAUUGGCAUCGCCAAAUCUCAAAGUCUACAGCUUUGCGGAUUUAGUUACGGCGACCAAGAACUUCAAACCGGAGUCGAUGUUGGGUCAAGGAGGUUUCGGAAAAGUUUACAGAGGUUGGAUCGAUGCCAAGACUCUUGCUCCGUCUAAAGUCGGUUCCGGUAUGAUCGUCGCCGUCAAAAGAUUGAAUUCCGAGAGUGUUCAAGGAUUCGCAGAGUGGCGUUCAGAAGUUAACUUCUUGGGGAUGCUUUCACACCCAAAUCUGGUCAAGUUAUUAGGAUACUGCCGUGAAGACAAAGAACUUCUGCUUGUCUACGAGUUCAUGCCCAAAGGAAGCCUCGAGAAUCAUCUUUUCAGACGAAGCGAGCCUUUUCCUUGGGACCUAAGGAUCAAGAUUGUGAUAGGUGCAGCUCGUGGCCUUGCAUUUCUUCACGGCUUACAAAGAGAAGUCAUAUAUAGAGACUUCAAAGCCUCCAAUAUACUUCUCGACUCGCACUAUGAUGCAAAGAUUUCAGAUUUCGGUUUAGCAAAGUUAGGACCAUCACAAGAGAAGUCACACGUUACGACUAGGAUCAUGGGCACGUAUGGUUACGCUGCUCCUGAAUAUAUGGCGACAGGCCAUUUAUACGUUAAGAGUGACGUAUACGCCUUCGGUGUGGUAUUACUAGAAGUGAUGACCGGAUUAAGGGCACACGACCCAAAACGGCCUAACGGACAAGAGAGUUUGGUCGACUGGUUAAGACCAGAACUCACAAACAGACAUCGAGUGAAACAUAUAAUGGACAAAGGAAUCAUAGGCCAAUACUCAUCCAAAGUCGCAGCAGAAAUGGGACGCAUCACACUCUCUUGUAUCAAGCCAGACCCGAAAAACCGACCGCACAUGAAGGAAGUAGUCGAUGUACUUGAACACAUCCAACGCAUAAACGUUGUCCCAGACCGCUCUUCCACUAAACCAGCUGUUGCUAGCACAUCUCGUUCCUCACCACUUCAUUAUCAGUAUGCAUAUCGAGCUGGUGCGGCAGGGGCUGAACGAAGGCGACCCUCGCCUCGAAGAUUUGGAGUAGAGAAAGAAAUAGUUGCUUGAUGUUUUUAUUUUUUGGGCGAUACUAAAUGGUUUUGGAGUCGUUUUUGGUUCAAAUCUAUUUUAAAAUGAGAGUAAUUAUAUCUUGGUUUCCGUCCAUAUUCUUCGAAUGCCAUCAAAUAUCAUGUUGAUAUAAAUUGACUACGAAUUGAGGAAUUUCAUACCAUUUUUGUGAGGUUGGACGUAUGUAACUAUGUUUACUUUUAUA